AUGAUGCUGACAACUUCAGAACAAAGGCAUGUGAAAGAAAUUUCCAAAAACACAAGAGAUUGCGGAGAGGUUUUUAGCUCCUGGAUGCACUUCGGUGCUGUACGUGUGUUCACUGAAAGCAUUCUGCGAUAUGUCUGUAGUAUUGUGUCGCCUUCCGUGAAAAGUGAGAAGAAAGUUCGUUCUAUUCUUGAGGGACUCUGUGACAGUUCAAACAGCACAUACUGGAAAAAUGAGGACGAAGGAGGGAUGGGCGGCUUUGCAGGUGAUGCUGAUGCACAUCCUUACGUCUCAUUCACUAUUAAUUUUAUUUAA